AUUGACGGGAGAAGACAAGGCUUUCACAGUGGAAUUUACCUCAGGCAAGAUGGAGCGGCAGCAAUAAAAAAGAGAGAGAGGAGCGCACCCGGGAGGGCUAGAAAGGGCAGCCUCCCGGCACCUCCCCUCCGCCCGCUGUCUCGGGGAGCUCGGGGCCCAGCCUGAGGACCCCUCCCCUCCCCCGCUUCCCACAGCCCCUCAGCCCUCCCGCCGGGACCUGCCGGACCCUCGUAGGAUUGUUCCGCGAAGGCGUGAAGGCCGUGGGUUUGUCCAUGGAGGCCAGCACCUUUUUCGAUCCAGUUGAGGAAGAGGAUUUGCUUUGCUCGAAAUCGGAGUAAGGGAAGCACCGAAGCGAAACUUAAAAGGAAUCUUGCCCUGCCGGAGCACAGGCGAUGCGCCUCGGGCCGCCGGGCGCCGCCGCCGCCCGCCCGGUUUCGCCUUUCCCGGCAGUCGGGAACUUGUGCUGAUCCUCGGCGCCCCUCGAAUCCCCGCUCCCUACCCCUCGGCACCCUGGAUAUGUUUUCUACCAGACCUGGAUAUUUUUUUGAUAUCGUGAAACUACGAGGGAAAUAACUGCGGGGCUUUCUUCUUGUCUCCCUGCUUCUCCCCACAGACAUGCCUUCACUUUGGGGGGCCGAGGCACCCUGUCCUGGGCGAAUGAACACCCGCAGCCGCAAGGGAGAGAAAUGAAGGAAAUUUCGGCAGCGGAAUGAAAGCUCUGCAGCUCGGUCCUCUCAUCUGCCAUUUGUCCUUUCAAACUGCAUUGUAAUACGGGCCGGAUAAGACCGACGAGAAGCGAGGACUAGCCUCCCGGCCGCGUUUCUCCGCCCUCGUUCACUUUCCGUAUUUCUUUUCUCUGCUCUCCUGCUUCUUGGCUGGCCCAGGGAUGACUUCGUCGCUGCGGCGGCCCCGGCGGGUGCCCUCGCUGCUGUGGACCGUCCUGCUGGUCAGCGCUGCGGCCGCUUCUCAGAAUCAAGAACGUCUUUGUGCAUUUAAAGAUCCAUAUCAACAAGACCUUGGGAUAGGUGAGAGUCGAAUCUCUCAUGAAAACGGAACAAUAUUAUGUUCAAAAGGUAGCACCUGCUACGGCCUUUGGGAGAAAUCAAAAGGGGACAUAAAUCUGGUAAAACAAGGAUGUUGGUCUCACAUUGGAGAUCCCCAGGAGUGUCACUACGAAGAAUGUGUAGUAACUACCACUCCACCCUCAAUUCAGAAUGGAACAUACCGUUUCUGCUGUUGUAGCACAGACUUGUGUAAUGUCAACUUUACUGAGAAUUUUCCACUUCCAGACACAACACCACUCAGUCCACCUCACUCAUUUAACCGAGAUGAGACAAUAAUCAUUGCUUUGGCAUCAGUCUCUGUAUUAGCUGUUUUGAUAGUUGCCUUAUGCUUUGGAUACAGGAUGCUGACAGGAGACCGUAAACAAGGUCUUCACAGUAUGAACAUGAUGGAGGCAGCAGCAUCAGAGCCCUCUCUUGACCUAGAUAAUCUGAAACUGUUGGAGCUGAUUGGCCGGGGUCGAUAUGGAGCCGUAUAUAAAGGUUCCUUAGAUGAACGUCCAGUUGCUGUAAAAGUGUUUUCCUUUGCAAACCGUCAGAAUUUUAUCAAUGAGAAGAACAUUUACAGAGUGCCUUUGAUGGAACAUGACAACAUUGCUCGCUUUAUAGUUGGAGAUGAGAGAGUCACUGCAGAUGGACGCAUGGAGUAUUUGCUUGUGAUGGAGUAUUAUCCCAAUGGAUCUCUAUGCAAGUAUUUAAGUCUCCAUACAAGUGACUGGGUAAGCUCUUGCCGUCUGGCUCAUUCUGUGACUAGAGGACUGGCUUAUCUUCAUACAGAAUUACCACGAGGAGAUCACUAUAAACCUGCAAUUUCCCAUCGAGAUUUAAAUAGCAGAAAUGUUCUGGUGAAAAAUGAUGGAACCUGUGUUAUUAGUGACUUUGGGUUGUCCAUGAAGCUGACUGGAAAUAGACUGGUGCGCCCAGGGGAGGAAGAUAAUGCAGCCAUAAGUGAGGUUGGCACAAUCAGAUAUAUGGCACCAGAAGUUCUAGAAGGAGCCGUGAACCUGAGGGACUGUGAAUCAGCUUUGAAACAAGUAGAUAUGUAUGCACUUGGACUAAUUUAUUGGGAGAUAUUUAUGAGAUGUACAGACCUCUUCCCAGGUGAAUCUGUACCAGAAUACCAGAUGGCUUUUCAGACAGAGGUUGGAAACCAUCCCACUUUUGAAGAUAUGCAGGUUCUGGUGUCUAGGGAAAAACAGAGACCCAAGUUCCCAGAAGCUUGGAAAGAAAAUAGCCUGGCAGUGAGGUCACUCAAGGAGACAAUCGAAGACUGUUGGGACCAGGAUGCAGAGGCUCGGCUUACCGCACAGUGUGCUGAGGAGAGGAUGGCUGAACUUAUGAUGAUAUGGGAAAGAAACAAAUCUGUGAGCCCAACAGUCAAUCCAAUGUCUACUGCUAUGCAGAAUGAGCGCAACCUGUCACACAAUAGGCGUGUGCCAAAGAUUGGCCCUUAUCCAGAUUAUUCUUCUUCCUCAUACAUUGAAGACUCUAUCCAUCACACUGACAGCAUUGUGAAGAAUAUUUCCUCUGAGCAUUCGAUGUCCAGCACUCCUUUGACUAUAGGGGAAAAGAACCGAAACUCGAUUAACUAUGAACGGCAGCAAGCACAAGCUCGAAUCCCCAGCCCUGAAACAAGCGUCACCAGCCUGUCUACCAACACUACAACCACAAACACCACUGGCCUCACUCCAAGCACCGGCAUGACCACUAUAUCUGAGAUGCCAUACCCAGAUGAAACAAAUCUGCAUGCUACAAAUGUUUCACAGACAAUCGGGCCAACCCCUGUCUGCUUACAACUGACAGAAGAAGACUUGGAGACCAACAAGCUGGACCCAAAAGAAGUUGAUAAAAACCUCAAGGAAAGUUCUGAUGAGAAUCUCAUGGAGCAUUCUCUUAAACAGUUCAGUGCGCCAGACCCCCUGAGCAGUACCAGUUCUAGCUUGCUUUACCCCCUCAUAAAGCUUGCGGUGGAAGUGACUGGGCAGCAGGACUUCACACAGGCUGCAAAUGGCCAAGCAUGUUUAAUUCCUGAUGUCCCACCUGCUCAGAUCUAUCCUCUCCCCAAGCAACAGAACCUUCCUAAGAGACCUACUAGUUUGCCUUUAAACACCAAAAAUUCAACAAAGGAGCCCCGGCUGAAAUUUGGCAGCAAGCACAAAUCAAACUUGAAACAAGUAGAAACUGGAGUUGCCAAGAUGAAUACAAUCAAUGCUGCAGAACCUCAUGUGGUGACAGUCACCAUGAAUGGUGUGGCAGGUAGAAACCACAACGUUAACUCCCAUGCUGCCACUACCCAGUAUGCCAAUGGGGUAGUACCAUCUGGCCAGACAGCCAACACAGUGGCACAUAGAGCCCAAGAAAUGCUGCAGAAUCAGUUCAUUGGUGAGGACACCCGGCUGAAUAUUAAUUCCAGUCCUGAUGAGCAUGAACCUUUACUGAGACGAGAGCAACAGGCUGGCCACGAUGAAGGUGUUCUGGAUCGUCUUGUGGACAGGAGGGAACGGCCACUGGAAGGCGGCCGAACUAAUUCCAAUAACAACAACAGCAAUCCAUGUUCAGAGCAAGAUGUUCUUACACAGGGUGUUCCAAGCACAAUAGCAGACCCUGGACCAUCAAAGCCUAGAAGAGCACAGAGGCCUAAUUCUCUGGAUCUUUCAGCCACAAAUGUCCUUGAUGACAGCAGUUUGCAGUUAGGUGAGUCAACACAAGAUGGCAAAUCAGGAUCUGGUGAAAAAAUCAAGAAACGUGUGAAAACUCCCUAUUCUCUUAAACGGUGGCGCCCAUCCACCUGGGUCAUCUCCACUGAACCACUGGACUGUGAGGUCAACAACAAUGGCAAAGACAGGGCAGUUCAUUCCAAAUCCAGCACCGCUGUUUACCUUGCAGAAGGAGGCACUGCCACAACCAUGGUGUCAAAAGAUAUAGGAAUGAACUGUCUGUGAAAUGUUUCCAAGCCUAUGGAGUGAAAUUAUUUUUUGCAUCAUUUAAACAUGCAGAAGACAUUUUAAAAAAAACUGCUUUAUUCUCCUGUCAGUACCCCCUCCCACCCCUGCAACAAGGACUUGCUUUAAAUAGAUUUCAGCUAUGCAGAAAAAUUUAGCUUAUGCUUCCAUAUUUUUUAAUUUUGUUUUUUUUAAGUUUUGCACUUUUGUUUAGUCUCGCUAAAGUUAUAUUUGUCUGUUAUGACCACAGAAUUAUAUGUGUGUGUAUCAAAAGUGGUCUCAAAAUAUUUUUUUAAGAAAAAAAAGCAAAAACAAUGUAUUGCUGAUAAUCAGUUUGGACCAGUUUCUAAAGGUCAUUAAAUCAGAAACAAAUUAAUACAGGUUUGACUGCAGUGGUGUCUAGUAUCCGUGUUUUAUUUCUGGGCACAAGCUAGUUUAUAUGUUGAUAUGUUCCUGAACACAUUAUCUGUUGGACUUUCUUUUCUCUUGUGUUUUGUUUGAAUGUGCAAUAGUCUAUAGGCCACAAGUAGCUUUCUCAUAAGUUCUCUUCCUAACAGAAUAUGCAUUCUUCCAAGAUAUGAACAUUUUCCUCCCCCAUCCUCCAUACUUUCAGCAGGUCAGUUCUUUGACAGUGAAUUUUUGCACAAGAGAAAGCAGCUACCUGAUUUCUUGCUUUCUCUCUCCUUAUGGAGAAUGCAAAAACAUUGUCUCAAAGGGCUCUAAAGAAGGAACUACCAAAACCUAAUUUGAAAUGCCAUUUCUUUUAUCCUUCCAAAUCCUAAACAUUUCCUUCCAGGCAUUUUAAUAAACAUAUUUGGUUCUGGUUUUGGAAGUUCGUAAGAGCGUAGAACAAUGAGCAAGUCAAAUAUUAGCUGUUUUCCAUUUUAUUUUAUUUUUUAUAUGUAUGUUCAUGUUCCAUAUUCAUUUAAGUAGCACAUUUUUAUCAGAAAACUUAUAGAGCUAUACCUAUAUGGAAUUUUUAAGUAGAUAGAUGGUUAACACAAUAUAGUAUUAUAGCCUUCAUUCUCUGAAUAGGCCAUGUUUGACUCAAAUAAAAUUACAUCCUGUUUAAAAUAACUUCAAAAGUAAUUCAUAGUUUUGAACCUGUAGUAUCUUUUUUUUUUCUUUUCCCAAGCAAAGCCUGGUAACUUUAUCUGAAAAUGAUUCCUCUUCCCAUGACCUAAAACACUGUGUGGAAAAAUCAUUCAACUGGCAUGCCAAAUCCCUGUGGAAGGAAGGAUUGCUGCCAAACCUAUCAUUUUUGAGCAGCCUGAGACUUAACCUCUCUCUUUUCAAAACUGUUUCUUCACUAAUCCUAUUUUCAUAAUUUUUCCAUUUGCCAGUUUUUCAUAUCAUCUUUGAUAUGUGAGCAUUUAUUAUUUACAUUAUAUUAGAAUGUACCUUUUAGUGAUAACAUUAUGUAUAUUCAAAUCAUGUUGUUUUUUUAAAGCUUCCUUUGCUUCUUUCAUUACUGAUAAUCAUCUCUAAAACAAUCUCUGCAUGUUUUUUUAAA